AUGGAGGAGCUCAAGAGUUGGGACUGGCAAUACGGCCAGACCCCCGAGUUUACCUACGAUCUGGAACGGGUGUUUCCUUGGGGUCGAGUCACGUUACAGCUUCGUUCCAAGCACGGGGUGGUCCUCGACUGCGCCCCAAUUGUUUCUGACCUCAAGAACCCCCAACUGAACGCCGAUCAUUGUUUGCACGAGCUGGCUUCGUCCCUCGUUGGCCAACGUUAUGGGUUCUUCCAGUUUGGUCAACCCAGCGGCCAAUCCGAGGCCCAGGGGACUAUACGUCAAGACCUGGAGGCCUGGAUUGUCAACGAAACGUCCUAA